AUGCCCAAAUCACGUGAAGGUUACAAGUACAUUCUUUUACUUGUUUGUUCCUUUUCGGCUUGGCCUGAAGCUUUCCCUUUAAAGACCCAGACAGCAGAGGAAGUAGCUCGAAUUCUUUACUCUGAGAUCUUUUGUAGAUAUGGAGCACCCAAGGUCAUAGUCACUGACCGCGGACGUAAUUUUACGUCCCUGCUGGUACAGACAUUGAGUGAGUUAUUUCAUGUCAAAAGGGCGUUAACAAGCAGUUUUCACCCUGCCAGCAACAGUGCUGUAGAGAGACAGAAUUCAGCGCUAGCCCAAUCAAUUAGAAUAUAUUGCAAUCAAAAUCAAGACGAUUGGCCACAGAUUCUCCCAGGGGUACUCAUGGCAUUACGUGCUACACCUGCAACGCAGUCUACUGAAUUUUCACCUUUCUACUUGAUGUACGGAAAAGAAAUGAAUACUCCGCUGGAAUCACUUUUAAAACCUCCAGAUUCCUUACCAAAAUCAGUAGAAGACUAUAUAGAAAACAUUCAGAAAAAUUUGGAAUUAGCACAAAUUGCCCAUGACAACAGAACGCAAGCGCAACAGAAAUAUACGCGCUUAUAUGAUCGCACGGCAGCCCCUCCAGCCUUUCACAUAGGUGACAGAGUCUUACUAAAAUGGUCACGUGUCAAGAAGGGCCGAAGUCCUAAACUGACGGCUAAAUUUGUUGGUCCUUACUAUAUCACAGAUCGUGUCUCUAGUUACACGUUCAAGUUACGCGACUGUAGUACGAACAAACUUCACCCGUCACCUGUACAUGCGAACAGACUGAAAUUAUAUCACGACCCUGAAGACCGUCCGCUUAGACCACGAGCUCCUUUACCAGAGCCUGUUCACGACGAAAAUGAAUUACCACAAAACAAUUCGAACACCCCUGAAGCUCAAAACGUUACACCCCCUCCUGAGCAACAACAAAUUGUCCCAGAUCCAGAUGAAUGGUUUGAAGUCGAGAAACUUCUCAAAUGCAAACCCAUUAAAGGUGUUAAGCAUUAUUUGGUGAAAUGGAAAGGCAAUUACCCUCCAUCAUGGGAGCCUCAUUCCAACGUUUCUCAAGCUUUGAUACGAGAAUUUCAUGUUAACAGAACGCUUCAAGGCAAACCACGUAAAAGAUGA